UUUCUUGAAGUCUAUACGCUGCACAGAACGAACACAAGACAGCAAAGAGAGCUCAUAAACCAGACUUCCGAUGGCGAAAUCAAACUCUCAUUUUCAAAAUUAGUGUUUUUCCGGUGAACUCAGAUUCAAAUCCUCCGAGGAAAUGGCGGAAACCACAACUUCCACCACCAAGAAGGACGCCCAGGCGCUACUGCUCGGCCGCUACGAAAUCGGAAAACUCCUCGGCCACGGCAGCUUCGCCAAGGUCUACUACGCGCGAAACGUCAAGACGUUCGAGAGCGUCGCAAUUAAGAUCAUCGACAAGGAGAAGAUCCUGAAAGGCGGCCUGAUAGCACACAUCAAGCGCGAGAUCUCCAUUCUCAGGCGAGUUCGCCACCCGAACAUCGUGCAGCUGUUCGAAGUCAUGGCUACCAAAACCAAGAUAUUCUUCGUCAUGGAGUACGUGAAAGGCGGCGAGCUCUUCAAUAAGGUCGCGAAAGGCCGGCUCAAGGAGGAGGUGGCGAGGAAGUACUUCCAGCAGCUCGUCUCCGCCGUGGCGUUCUGCCAUGCCCGCGGCGUCUACCACCGCGAUUUGAAGCCGGAAAACCUCUUGUUGGACGAGAACGGCGACCUUAAGGUCUCCGAUUUCGGACUCAGCGCCGUCUCGGAUCAGAUGAGGCAGGACGGCCUUUUCCACACCUUCUGCGGCACUCCGGCGUACGUUGCGCCGGAGGUUUUGGCACAGAAGGGCUACAACGCCGCGAAGGUUGAUAUAUGGUCUUGUGGCGUGAUUCUCUUUGUUCUGAUGGCUGGAUACUUGCCAUUUCACGACCAAAACGUCAUGGCAAUGUAUAAGAAAAUCUACAAAGGCGAGUUCCGGUGUCCGAGGUGGUUCUCGCCGGAGUUAACUCGGUUGCUGACUCGCCUCCUUGAUGCAAACCCCGAGACUCGGAUCACAAUCCCGGAAAUAAUGAGCAAAAGGUGGUUCAAGAAGGGCUUCAAGCACGUGAAAUUCUAUAUCGAGGACGACAAAUUGUGUAGUGUCCAGGACGGGGAGGAGUCCGAGUCUGAUCAGUCGAUGUCCGAGUCGGAAUCGGAGCUCGAGUCUCGGAGGAAACUGGCCAGUUUGCCCAGGCCGGUAAGCUUGAAUGCGUUUGAUAUCAUAUCGUUUUCGCCCGGAUUUGAUCUGUCGGGGCUGUUCGACGAUGAGGGGGAAGGGGCGAGGUUCGUUUCCGGCGCGCCGGUGGGGAAGAUCAUAUCGAAAUUGGAGGACAUUGCCAAGGUUGUGAGCUUUACAGUGAGGAAAAAGGAUUGCAGAGUGAGUUUGGAGGGGUCUAGAGAGGGGGUGAAAGGGCCAUUGACGAUUGCAGCUGAGAUAUUUGAAUUAACGCCCACAUUAAGGGUGGUGGAAGUGAAGAAGAAAGGAGGAGAUAGACGGGAGUACGAGGAUAUCUACAACCGCGAAUUGAAGCCUGGUCUGCAAAAUCUCACCACAGAUGAAUCUAUAGCUCCCCAUUUGCCUUUAGAUGCUCUCAAUUCGUCACCAGAUUCUCCAAAUUUGCUCUCGGAUACAGAAUAAAAUAGAAGAAGAAGAAGAGACAAUGGUAUGAUUUCUCUAAUUUUUCUUUUGUCAUGCUUCUGUAUAAUUACUGUUUGUUUUUGUUGACUCAUCUUGCUGAAAUACCCAGGCCAAGCUUUAGCAGUAGCUGCUUUGCCAAAUUUGUAUCGUCUGUUGUUCUUGUUUAAUGAUGUGAUUAUUUCGGGUUAUAUGAACA